AUGGCAGGCGCUACCUUCCCGACCGCUCUGUCUGCGGUCGCCACGACGUCCCAAUCCCAACCCCAACCCCGACCACAACCACAACCACAACCGCCAUCGACGACCACGUCCGCUCCUCUCGUCUCGAGCUUGAGCAGUCCCGACAGCUCCGUCGAUGGCCUCGACGCUCGCCAGAGCGCCAGCAGUGAGAGCAGCAGUCCCAUGCGACGACUACCUCCAGCGUUACGGGCCCUUUCGGUACCUUCCAGUGCUGCAGCGGCCGUCGGGGCGGCUGGAGAGGGUACCACGACCACCUCGUCGGCCGCGUCCGACUGUACCCCGACCCGAUCGUCGUCGUCGCAAGUGCAGGUGUUCCCGAGUCCGAGUGGUGUCCUACCUUCGUCGUCGAUCGUUCCGACGUCGACUGCCAGUACGACAAGUCGGGUCCUCCCUGCGGUCGGACGUCGGCACUUGUACCCGACGUCGGCUCUCUCGAGUCCUUAUAGCACGGCUACUGCAGCAGUGGCGUCACCGAUGCAGCUCCCGUACUUUGGCUCGUCCGAAGACGGUGGUCGUGGCACGACGAGAGUCGCAUCGUCGUCGUCGUCGUACAACCACAACCGCCUCUCACCCGUGUCGUCGCCGGCUAUGACGGGUGAGUCCUGGGUACAAACUGCUCCUGCAAGUUCCAGCAUCGCCACACGUGGCUUGAAGCGGCACUUGCCGCAGCCAUACAGCAGUCCACUGCACAAUGGGUACAAGUCCAUUAACGUCGGCGGAAGCAGCACUGGCCCAAGUGGUCGGAUGGGGCCAAUGCAGCAGAAAGCAGUAAGUGCUGCGGGAUCCACAACCACGACCAUGUCUCGUCGUGCAUCGAGCAGCUUGAGUGGCGCGAGCCUCCCGGUGACAAACAUUACUAGUAAGAGUAGUAGUAGUAGUAUUGCAGGUGGUGGUGGUGGUGGUUGUGAAAGUGCUAGCACGACAUCUGCACGUCGUCAUGGAUCGAAAGCAUAUGGAGAUCCACCAAGUGAAGAUCCGAUGCAGUACGAGCCACUGGGGGAAGCUCGUCAUCCUCGUGACAGUACGCGAUACGAGACGUGGACGUCGAAACAACUUCGGAAAAAGUGCUCGCACUUGAAACUGCGUGGCCUGAAGAACGUCAAGAAGCACGUGAUGGUCGAGGCACUGUAUCGGUACUACCGGAACCAGCGGCUGAAAGACAUGGCAAAUGCUGCGAGUGUCGAUAACAACAGCAGUAGCUGUACCAGCGGGGCACCGAUACAGCAUCAACCGACGACGAUGUCGCCACAGCAGCAUUCUCAAAGAAUGGAAGGACGGCGACCAUCGAGCAAUGGUGCCAAUUCCAUGUCGGGAUCCCGCUCGGAUACGCUGUACCGCUCACGGUAUGACCAGCGAAGUGCUGGGCCAACAUCCCAGUCGCAAUAUGGCUCCUCAUCACGUGCUCGAAGUUAUGCCAAUUACGGCAGCCAAAGUCCGUCUCCGCCAUCGAGUGGUGGGGACAGUGGAGACCCGCGAUCUCGAGAGCGAGCGGACUCGUUAAAGCUCACGACGAGUCGACGAUAUCUCGACGAAGAGUUGAAAGGAGACCCGCAUCCGAAGGAAGUGCCAGUGACGUCGGAAGACGUGAUUCGCCUGGUGGAUGUCGUGUUAUCACCUGAUUUUGUCGACCGGUUAGCAGCCGAGCUCUCGCGGUGGCAGUUUUGGGUUGACAUUCGUGAAAUGUACAUUGCACUGCUGAGCCGCCAGCAUCCGCCGGGUCCUGCUGCUUCGCGUAAAGAGCAAAAUUCCGUGGGUUCAGGCGGUAGUGCCACGAACUCGCGUAAUUUCAAGUGGAGCAGCAUGCAGCUGUGGGAGAUCUGGAAAGAGCUCACGUUCGCGUACACGAAGACGUGUUUCGAGUUUACAACUGCUGGUAUGAACAAGAGAGUGGACGACCGCGAAUACAUUAACUUUUGCGAUGGACGACCAGACGUGUACUACCUGCACCAGCGACUGCAUGCCCGGCCGGACCUGUUGCAUCUGAUCAAGUCGAACGAGUACAUUGACGAGAACUGUACCACUGAAGCAUCAGAGUCGAUUGCACACGAACAGCAACAAGCGCAUCAGAACCAAGAGACUGGUCCCUUGAUCGGAUCCGGGACGCCGAUGCUGCGCAACCACAAGCGGUACAAACGGUCUGUACCGGCAGGACCGACUUCGGAUGCGUAUAACAGCGCACGUGCUAUUGCGGCUUUUCGUGAUGGUACUGCGGGUGCUGACGGCUCUGGUGCAGUCAGCAGGGAAAACAGUGGCGAUAACGGGUGCGGUCAAGGCAGCGGAGAUUUGCGUGGUCACUCGCCGGAAGAGAAUAGCACGGAGAAUUCCGAGACAACUGGGGAAGAAGGCAGCAGUAGCAACACGGCCAACUCCAACGCGAGCAACAGAUCGAUGGAUACGUCAAUGCGCGCAGCGUUGGCAGAACAAAAGUACUUUGGUUUGCUGCUGCAGAAUUUCGAGGUGAUCUUUGAGUCUCUCCACAAUAAGAAGGUGCUGCUGGCCACGCUUCGCAAGGAUAGCAAAGCACCGGAUCAACUGAUUGCUGAUUUGCACGAUGAUAUUCACGUGUUGUCAGCACUGAAGAAAGAGUUCCGGAACAAAUUGCGACGGACGAUACAGUGA